GUUUCACUUCGCUGUAAAUGCAGGCGGGAUCAUCCCCACACCAAACCCUAGACACCCGCUAGCUCUCCCCACCUCCUUCGCUCCCAUCUCGUCCAUGGCGUCCGCCUCCCACCACCUCAGGACCUUCUCGGCCUUGGCCUUCGUCGUCGUGGUCUCCCUCGGAGCCCUCUCCGCCGACCCGGGCCCCUCCUUUUCCUUCCGCCAGUUCGUCGCCAGAGACGCCUACUUUGAGUCCAACAUCGCAAUGCACGGCGACGCCGAGGUCGUCGGCGGGGGCCCCUCCCUCCGGCUGACCGGCGACACGGUCAGCCCCGGCGCCGGGUCGGUCGUGUACAGGAGACCCAUCAAGGUCGUGCAAGGUAAUCCGGAGAAGAACCUGGUCUCCUUCUCGACCCACUUCUCGUUUUCGUUGUCCGGGGGCGGUGGAGGUGGCUUGGCGUUUGCUCUGUCCCCGGGCGGUUCUGGUGCGGAUGAGUUUGGGGAUCGGGGUAGCCCCUUCGGGCUUCCUCUCGGAAAGAACGGGACUUUGAAUAGGACCGUGGCGGUCGAAUUCGAUUCGGUGAAGAAUAGUGUGGCGAUUGUUGUGGGCGGCCUCGGGCCUGCUAAGGUGAAGAACGCGUCUUCGCUUGAUUUGGUGCUGAAUAGUGGGAGCAAGUUCCAUUCUUGGAUAGAUUACGAAGCUGGGUCGAGAAGGUUGGAGGUUCGGGUGAGCAGGUCCUCCGAAUCGCGGCCGUCGGAUCCGACCCUCGCUCGAUUCGUGGAUUUGUGGAAUAUGUGGAUGGAGGGCGAUGUGUUUCUGGGUCUGAGCUCAUCUAAUGGGAACUCGAGCCAGGCGUGCUUUAUCUACUCUUGGAGCUUCAAGCUCAGGCAUGUCCCUCAAUGGAUGCACUCGGAGCCGUUGGAUCCCCAAGCCAUAGCUCGCAACACGAAGAAUUUGAGAGUCCAUGAGAAGAAUGAUUGCUUCUUGAAAGUGCUCGCGGCGAUGAUUUUCGGCACGGGGAGUGGCGCCUUGGGGGCGUUCGUAGUCCUGUACUUGUGGACGAUAUUCGGGAACCGGCGCCCGGUGGCGCCGGAGGAGUUUGUGGUGGAACCUGUGGAUUUGAAGAAGUGCAGUAAAUUGGAGGUGAUUGUAGAUAAGGCCGUCAAGGAUGUGAAUGCGACCAAGUGAAAGCUGACUGGUGUUUAGAUAAAGCCCAUCAAAGAAGAUGGUGGCACGUUAGAUGUUUGAUGUUGGGGAGAUUUUUGCUGUUGGUCUUUUCUGUUGUAAAUUGAUGUCUUCUUUGGUUCUUUCAUUUUCAGCUUCCUCGUGUUGUUGUAAUCUGAUAAUUAACUGUCUAAAAUGUAGUUUAUUGUCACAUAUUCUCCAGUUUGAAAGCACUUGGAAAGUUCUUUUCAGUA